AUGGCAGACUUCAAGCCGUACAGCGAGCAGCCUGAGCUCCACACCAAAGCGCCCUACCGUGCCGCUAUGCUCACGCAGCCUGCAAACCUCAAGCAAGCACUCAAAGACGCUCAGGCAGACGCAAGUAAGACCCUCAUGGGCAUCGCGCAAGGUAUCCCAAGUACCUUCGUAACCAAGUUGAUUGCCUCCACCAAACCGGAUUUCAUCUGGAUGGAUGUUGAGCACGGCAUGUACAAUCGAUUGACGUUGCAUGAUUGUAUCCACGCCGCUCAACAUCAUUCAGAGGGCAAAUCAAUGGUCAUCUGCCGUGUACCCAAGCGCGAUGAGCUUAGUCUCACGACCGCCCUUGAUGCAGGAUGUGCCGGGAUCGUCAUCCCGCAUGUGGAAAGCGCGCAAGAAGUCCGAGACUUCAUCAAGGAAAUGUACUUUGGCGACGGCAAAGGCCACCGUUCAUUCAGCCCCUGGACCUUCACGCCCGGCAUGACCCAAUCGCUCUACCCGAACGACCCUUACAACGUCCAAACCGCCAACAACCACGUCUGCCUCAUCCCCCAGAUCGAAUCCCUAAAGGGUCUCGAGGCCUGCGAGGAAAUUGCCGCUGUGGAGGGCAUCUCUGGUCUCAUGUUUGGUCCUGGAGAUUUUAUGAUUGACGCUGGUAUGGACAUCCAUGCAUUCAUGAACGGAGAUCCCGAUCCAAAGUUCUUCGAGGCCAUGGGGAGAUUUAGUGCUGCGGCUGCCAAGCAUGAUCUGCCAAUCUUUGGUGGUGUGAUGGGAUUGGAUCAGAUUCCGAUGGCGAUUCAGACGGGAAUGCGCGGUAUUGCUGUGCAGUUCGAUGUCUGGGGUACUACUAGGCUCUUUGCGAGUUCUUUGGAAGAGGGCUGGAAAUAUGCGAAGAGUUUUGAAGGGAACCCGAAACCAAGUAUGGCGAACGGGCAAGCGAAGCCGGCUGAGUAG